AUGUCGAAACAAAAAGUCCCAAUGGGUGCAUCGAAAGAUGCAUCAUCUACUUCCGAAGUCAAUGAUCCUCGAUUCUCCAAUUUCUCCACGGAUCCGCGAUUUCGACUUCCUUCUAAAAAACAAACACGAACGAAGAUUGAUAAACGAUUUUCGCGCAUGUUGAAAGAUGAGGAUUUUUCUAAUUCGGCAAAGGUGGAUCGAUAUGGAAGAAAAUUGAGUGGAAGUGGGAAGAAGAAGGCGUUGGAGAGAUUGUAUGUUGAUGAAGAUGAGGAAGAUGAGGAUAGUGGGAGUGAGAAAGAAAACGAGGAGGGAAAAGAUGUGCAGGUGGAGGAUGAUGAGGUUGUGGAAAAGGAAUUGAGAAGAGCAGCUACAGGAUAUGAUGCGGCGAGAGGUGGCGGAUUUUCCUCUUCGGAAGAUGAGGAUGAGGAUGAAGAUGGAGGAGUGGAUAUUGAAGAGGAAGCUACAUUUCCAGAUAUGCAAGCAGAACAACAGGCAGUUGAGAUGGGAGAGGUUUCUGCGAGAAUUGCGGUGGUUAAUCUGGAUUGGGAUAAUAUUCGAUCGGUGGAUUUAAUGGCUGUUUUCCAGAGUUUUGUUAACAUUGGAGGGAAGAUUCAUAAGAUAUCAGUUUACCAAUCUGAAUAUGGAAAGGAAAGAAUGGAACGAGAGGAGUUGGAGGGUCCUCCGAAAGAGAUUUUCGCAAAGAAACAGGAGGAGGAUGAAGAUGAUGAGGAGGACUCGGAGGAUGAAGAGGAUACUGAUGACGAAGAAUUGGACGAGAAAAUUAAGAAAGAUUUACAAAAGGGCGAUGAUGGGAACGAAUUUGAUAGUGGGGCAUUACGACAAUAUCAACUCGAACGACUACGAUAUUUUUACGCCGUCGUCGUUUGUUCGGACGAGAAAACUGCAGAAAAUAUCUACCAGAAAUGCGAUGGCACAGAGUAUCUGGGUUCUGCCAACUUUUUCGAUUUGCGAUUUAUCCCCGAUGGUACUGAAUUUGAUGACAAGCCAAGAGAUGAAUGUACGAAGGUGCCUACAGGAUAUAAACCUAUGGAAUUCGUUACAGAUGCGCUUCAACAUUCUAAAGUCAAACUUACAUGGGAUAUGAACCCCGAGGAAGCAAGCCGAAAAGAUGCAAUCAACAAAGCAUUCACAGGAAGUCGUGCAGACAUUGGCGAAAACGAUCUACGAGCAUACUUAGGAAGUGAUUCAGAGGACGAUGAAGAGGAAGAGGAAGAGGAAGAGGAAGCGGCAGAAGAAGAUACCCCUAAAUUGUCUAAGAAAGAAUUAGAAAGACAAAAGCUCCGUGCCGCUCUCGGACUUGGCGAUGAGCCAACUAAAAAGAAGAAGAAUAGUGGUCCAGUCGGUGAUAUGGAGGUUACAUUUACCGCUGGUCUAACUGCCAGCACCACCACCAAAGGCAAUGUUUUCGAAAACGAACCCAUACCUAAUGAAACCACGGCCGAAGCAUAUAUCCGCAAAGAAAAGGAUCGUAAAGCCCGCAGAAAAGAAAAGGCAAAGGCAGUUCGUGAAGGAAAAGAUCCAAAUGCUUCUGAUGAUGAAGAAGAAGAAGAAGUGGAAGCAAAAGAAGAUCUCGGAUUUGAUGAUCCUUUCUUUGCGACAGAUGAAGCGACCAAGGCCAAAGCAGCCAAAUCAUUGCGAAAAGAAGUACGCAAGAAGAAGCACGAAGCUAAACUCAAGGAAGCGGAAGAAAAAGCAUCGAAUCGUGCGCAAUUGCAAUUGCUCAUGCAGGAUAAUUCGACGGACAAGGCAGAACAUCUGGAUCAUUUCGAUAUUGCUGAAAUUCAACGCGCGGAGAAGGCGAAGAAGAAGAAUAGAGGAAAGGGAAAGAAGGGUGAAGAGGUGGGGAGUAAGAGGGGUGGAUUACAAGAAAAAUUCGAAAUGGAUGUUGGCGAUGAGAGAUUCGGGAACGUUUUCAAGAAUCACGAGUAUGCUAUUGAUCCUAGUAAUCCAAAGUUCAAGGGAACCGACGGCAUGAAGAGAUUGUUGGAAGAGGGAAGGAGAAAGAGAGGUGGUGAGGAUGAUGGGGAGAUUGAAGUGAAGGACAAGAAUAAGAAGAGGAAGGUAGAUGGGGAGAAAUCGGAUAAAGGGGACUUGAGUAGUUUGGUCGAGAAGGUUAGGAAGAAGUCGAAGCUCGCGAGAUAA